AUUACUCCGCGUACUACGUACAAUAACACGCUUUGAAAUACUCUAGGAAGCGCAGCGAAAAUGCCGUAAGCAGCUGGGAGUUCGUCAAGUCCACCUGUGCGCAAGUGAGUCACCGUCGCAAUGCAGAACGAGCUUUCGGACCUGAGGCAACGUGUCGCGCCAAUGAACUCCAAAGAUGAGCACUCGGCGGGCUUAUUUCAACCCUUCAAAAAGCCGGCUCUCGGCUUCAUCGGCACGAUCCUCACGGAACUUCGGCCAGUGAUGAAGGAGCCACCGGCAAAGAAGGUCAUAUGGUUGAUGGCAGGAAACAUCAUAUGUAGCUCAGUCCUCUCGUAUUGGAGUCGAUCUUCUGGGAGUUUAGCACUCAAUGCGUUUACACAGCUGACACUGUUUGACCUGCUCUGCUUAGGGAAUUGCUUACUGGGCAUGUGGGUGUCUCAGCAGAAGCCUGGGCCAACCUAUAGCUUUGGGUACAGAAGAUGGGAAGUCCUAGCCAUUUUGGCCAGCACGAUAUUGUCACAGCUUGGCUCGUUCUUAGUUUUGAAGGAAAGCCUGGAGAGGCUGCUGGACCCAAUUGCUGUUCACAAUGGUCGCCUGCUGCCAGGUGUGGUGCUGGGUCUCUGCUGGCACUUGCUGGUCCAGCUAAGCGUCCAGCAGCCAUCAUUGGCCAGUGUCCUGCAGGCGUCCAGUUCCAGUUGGCUCCAGGAGCAUUUGUCUGACAUCAGUCGCAGUGUGUGCAGUGUGGUGCCAGGGCUUUCUGGACUGCUGUUGCCACGUCUGAAUCCCAUUCUUCUCCUGGGCUGGGCCGAGGCAUGCCUCCUGCUCCUUUGCCACACACUGCUGCUUUCCUAUGGCUGGCAACAUGCGGACACCGUGACAGCUGUUCUUCUUGCCAUUAUGUGCUGUGCUACAAUGUUACCUGUGAGCAUCCACUGCGCCUGUGUUUUGCUUCAGACGACGCCACGUCACUUGCUAGGCCAGCUGGACAAGUGUCUUCGGGAGGCGUCUACAUUGGACGGUGUGCUGGAGUUCAGACACGAGCUGUUUUGGACACUUGCCUUUGGCACACUGGCUGGCUCGGUACACGUUCGUGUUCGGAGAGAUGCAAAUGAGCAGCUUGUUCUGGCACACAUCGUGGAUCGCCUCUCGGGCCUGGUGCCCGAGCUGACUGUCCAGGUGUUCAAGGAUGAAUGGGCAUGGAGCCGAGCAACUGCAUUUCAUCCAUCACGAGACCAAGCAGCUGGGCUGGAUAGACGCGAAUCACUCGGUAGUCACUCCGCCCAGCACCUUUCUGCUCCGGCAAAAGUGUGAUUUUGUGGGCUGUUAGAUUCUGAAAAACGGUUGCAACGUGAAGUUGCUCUGCGGCGAAGCAAGAGAACUGCAACUGUCUGUUCCAUUUCUGUGAUAUCGACGUACCAUCAGCAUAUACUAAAACUUGACCAAUAGAAAAAGGAAAGACACUUGAUCAGAACUUAUGUUGGACACAAUUGUCGUUCGAACGUGAAGUGUAAGAACUCUGUACCUGGGCCGGAAAGCGUGGUUCAUUCCUAAAUGUGUGUUUUUGGAGCCUGAGUUAUGUUGCUGUAUGGUUGAACCUUGACGUGUUGAAAACGAAUAUAAUGAAUUAUAUGUCACAAAUAAAGCUGGGUCGUUUUCCUCUGAUAACAAUGGGUAACCAGUUAUUAUAUGGUUGUGACAAGCAUUGAAUCUAGCAGAGGUACUUUCAUGUAUGAUGCAGCCGUUACAUGUGAGGUACGACUAUACAACUUCAGACAAAUAUGGAAUCGCAAGGCUACAUUUCAGUUUGUAGUUUUAUCAGCGCAUGUUUGUGCUGUUGAACGUGGCAGUGUCGUGUUGCCAUGGUGCGUGUGCAUACUGUCACCUAUGUGUUAGAUGCUGUACAGAUGCACGACAGACUCGCAGUGUGUUUGGAUGCAGUGAUGACAAAGCCGUGUGAAUGCAGUGUAAUGUUACACUUGGUUGCGUUGUUGUCGAAGUCAUGACGAUGUUCUGCCUUGCACUGCUGCUGUGAACGUUGUGCACACAAGCACUAGCGUUCCUGCUGUAUAGCUGUGCUCAUGCACUGGUUUUAGUGGGACAGACCAUAAACUUCAGUCUACUAUAAACAUUGACAACAUUUCUUCAGUCCCAAUGACCGUUGGAAUUUAUGUUGAUCGUACAUGUUCAUGCAAGUUUCUGCAAUUUGUUUUGUGCCAGUCUUGUGCCAAACAUUGUGGCCCCAUAGUAUACAAUAGCAAUGUCUUUAAUUUUUUUUUUUUUUUUCGUAACUGCUGUGAGUUUCUACUUAAUGCUGGUAUGUAACCUUGUGUGACGAUGGAAUUGUGUUCAUUGUUAGCCUUUCAAAUGAUUGAAAAGGCUUGUAACAUUGUGAUGCUGCUGUGUCUGCUACUACUAUGGGUGUUACGGUAUUAAAUGUUACUGGAUAAUGGA